AUGGGGUACAUGCUUCUAGCUCAAGUGCCGUGCAAGGAUGAACCGGCCAAGAAGGAGAUGAUCGAGAAGUACAUUGAGGAAGCAGUCUCUCUCCAGAAGAACUCACCCGGCUGUGAAAAGUUCGCCAUCUUCACAAACCGGAACGACCCUAGCGACCUGACCGUGUACUCAUUUGAGCAAUUCACCGACAAGGCGGCUGCUGAUGCGCACAUGCAAUCCGAUGUGGUCAAACAGAUGUUGAACUGGCUGGCGACGCGACAGCCGGUCGCAGGAGACAUCAAGGUCUCCAAGCUCGAGGUAGGCGAGGGCUUCAGUGUCCCGACCCGAGCAGAAGCCGACACGCACGAGGAUCCUUUCGUCGCCAUGGGCGUCCUGGCCUACAAGGAUGGCACCGUGCCCCAAUCGAUGCCCUACUGGAAGGACGUGGUUGCCAUCUCGGCUGAGGAGGAGGGCACGCUUAGUUAUGGCAUCUAUACGAAUACGGAAGACAAGAACCAGGUUGUUGCAUGGGAAGUCUACACCUCCAAGGAGUAUCUGUACGACGUACACGCCAAGAGCGACGCUGUUCAGGCGAAUGUCAAGAACACGGGACAUCUACGUGAGGGUCUGAAGCACACCUUCCUGAAGAAGGUCGGGGGUUUCUUCAAGAAGUAA